AAAACCUCAACUGCUCUAAAUUUGAUGCAGCGUCAGUUACGACCUGCACACAGUAGUCCACAGUUCACCUUGUUCAUCACACCACAAGACCAGUUACUUCCAGACAGCCGCGACGUGCUGUCACUGAAGAUGGAGAGUAAGAGCGUCAGAUUAGAGCCGGGUACCAAAGAGCAAUCUACCGGCACGGGUCAGCUAACAGCCGAACAACUGGCAGCUAUAGAAGAUGAAGAAAUCCUCAAUAAUAUGCUAGAUAAGGCUGUGGAUUUCGAGGAGAGGAAAAUGAUUCGGGCUGCCAUGAGAGAGCUGCUCAAGAGGAAGAGGGAGCGGCGAGAUAGGGAACGGGCAGCCCGAAUGGAGAGCUUGCAUCAACGGAGCGCCGGAAGCAAAACAGUUGCUGGACUGAAUAAAGACCAGAAGCCUGAUGCUAACGGGACGAGAGGCGUGCAAUACAACGUACACAGGGCACCUCAGGCAAAAAUAUUUUCAUCCCCGCAAUCCUCUCCUUCCACUCCUAAAACCGUGGGCAGCCCGGCGCAGUCACACAUGGCCAGGGUCAAAGUGCAAUGCGGCUCGGCAGUCGGGGGCCCAAACACCAAAGACGUCAAACAGAUGCUGCUGGAUUGGUGCCGGGCCAAGACUGAACCGUAUGAGGGUGUGAACAUCCAAAAUUUCUCCUCUAGCUGGGCAGACGGUUUGGCAUUCUGUGCGCUGGUACACAGGUUCUUCCCUGAGGGGUUUGAAUACUGCACCCUUGACCCUUACGACCGCAAGGCCAACUUUGAGAAGGCAUUCAAGACUGCAGAGACACUAGCUGACUGUCCGCGACUGCUAGACGUCGACGACUUGAUGCGAAUGCGACAGCCCGACUGGAAAUGCGUCUACACGUAUAUCCAAGAGUUCUACCGCUGCCUGGUAGAAAAAGGCCUUGUCAAGACCAAAAAGAAGACGCCAUAGAAACAUACAUUCGCACACUGAAUGAUUUACUGUAAAUGACUACAACAGACACACAAACCAAAGAUCUGAUCAGUCUUAUAAGUUCACAGUCCUCUCUUUUUCACGUAUGUGCGCUGUGGAUGCGAGGAUUAUAACCUGUGUGUUAGUGUGUUAAGCGUAAUGGUUCAGUUGGAGCUUUGAAGCAAUGCAUUCCAGUGAGAUUACACGUGCAUUAAUCUCUCUGUACACAUUUAGAGAUUGUGUGAAAGUGUAUGAGUGUGUGUGUGUGUGUAUACAUGGAUGGCUUUUUAUGGUGCUGUAACUCCCUGUUUUGAAUGCACUCCAACACGAAGCCAUCAGGCUUAUAAGGUAAUGUGAUUUAAUGUGUAACUAUGCUUAGCCCAGAUUUAUCGCUUGUUUGAAAA